UGGGUGGCACUGCCGGGUGACACUGCGGGGUGACACUGCGGGGUGGCACUGCCGGGACAUGGCCGGGGCCCGGCUGUGGCUGCUGCUGGCACUGCUGGCCGGGCACGGGGCACGGCCGGGCCGGGCUGGGCAGUGCCAGGAUGGGGAGCUCAGGACGGUCUGGGAAGGUGGCACCAAGUGCUGCCCCAAGUGCACCUGGAUGGGAGGAAGCCCCGCGCCCUGCCAGGCGGCGCAGGACCACGACUGCAAAUGUCCCCAGGGCCACAGCUGCUCCGACAAGCAGUGCCAGUUCUGCAUGAAACUGCCCCAGUGCCAGCCCGGCUGGGAGCUCAGCAGGAUCGCAGGAGGUGUGAAUUUCCGGUUUCAGUGCAAGCCCUGUGAGAACGGCUCCUACUCCAGCAGCAGGAACAGCUGGUGCCGCAACUGGACUGACUGCGAGAGCAGCGGCUUCGUCACCCUGCGGGAGGGGAACAGCACCCACAACUCCGUGUGCAGCCUGCCCGUCCGAGCCCUGGAGCCAGCCCGGGUUGCUCUGGAAUUCCCCUCCAGCACCAUCCUGGCCAUCCUGGUGGCCGUGGCCCUGUUCGUGCUCAUCCUGCUGACAUUCCUGCUGCACUUCUGCAUCUGGAGCCUCCGCAGGGACAGCAAGCUGCUGCCCGGGGCCGCAGAUUCCCUCCCCACCUUCCCGCGGCUGCCGCGGCUCCCGCAGCGCCCGCUCCAGGGGGAGGAAUCCUACAGCAUCCAAUUCCCGGAGGAGGAGCACGGCGACAAGAGCGAGGAUAAGCUUUCCGUGCUGUCCCUCAAGGCGUACGGCGAGCUCCGCUAGCGGGACCCGCACCGGGAACGCGGGGCUGGGCUGCGCUUCCCAAAAUCCCAGCCCGGCCCCGGGGGAUGGGAGCCGGCCGGGGCUGCUCCCUGGGGAGAGGAGCGCGCUCAGGGCGAGCUUGGGCUUGUUUGUCCCCUAAAAAAAGCUGGAAUUUAGGGAUAGAUCCUGCUGGGGUUGGUUCAGGAGGAGAGGAGAUUUCUCAGGAUAUGCUGAUUUCCAGGAGUGGGAAUUGUGGCCACAUCUCCUGCUUUUCCCACAUCUGCUUUUCCCACAUCAUCUCCUGCUUUUC